AUGUAUACAAAUAUUCGGGAUAAAAAAAUAACGGAUAAUUCCAAUUAUUUUUGGAGUCGACAGACUGAGAGUGAUGGUGGUUUAACCUUUUUCGAUAACACAAACAAUAAUACGUUAGUUUUUGGGGUAUUUUAUGUAGAUAAGUUUACUGAUCAGCAAACAAUUCAUAAACAAUUAAUGAACAUAUAUCAUGACCUGCAUGAAACAUUGAUGCCAUGGAACACAUAUUUUCCUUGGAAUUCACAUGAAGGCAUAAAGAUGGAUAUUGUAAAAGCUAAAUUUGCCGAUAAUAGUACUAAGGAAUAUAUCAAAGGCACAUUAUGCGUAAAUGAUAACGCUUUUGUAGAAGAGUCGUUGGUUGUGCAUAUUUUAAGAUCAUUUAGCGAAACAAUAAAUAAAGCUUCUAAAAAUGGCAACAAUGUUUUUAUUAAAAUUGUGGAUACAGAAGCAGAUUUUUUGCUAUUAGAAUGUGGUGAAACUUUGCCACCCGAAUACGAUUACCCAAUUGGAGAGAAUAGAUUAUGGGUUCAUGCUGGAAAAUUUAAAAUUAUUCCAGCUGACACAUAUUACCCCAACAAAGGUUUAACAUUUGAAGAAAGUUUAGAUUUUAUAGAAAAAACAUAUUUUAAAUGUGUUGAGCUUACUGGUAUAUCUGAUGUUCUUUCCAAAAAUUAUUUACAACCAGACUUUAUGAAAUUAUUUCUGCAGAAACAUUUGAAAAUAGUUAGUUUUAGGAAUUUAAACACAAAAUAUGUGGAAUAUUUAAGAAAAGAUCCCAAAAUACUUUCAUACAUCUUAAAUUUUGCUUAUGUAAACCAGAUAAAACCAGAAAAUGUGUCUAGAAAGUUUACGCCUAGUAAUGACAACAAAAAGGAUGAAUUAGAUAUGAUAACCUGUGACACCUAUUGUGAUGCAUUAUCUGUUAUUUUAGCCUCAACGACUUUAACCACAAACGAUAGUGUUGAGACCCUAAUAGGGAAUAUUGUAGAACAAGUAUUAGAUAUUUUAAUCAAGAAAAUAAUUAAAAAUAUAGCAACCCUAGGUUCAACGGAUAAUUUGUCGAAACAAUUACAUUUUUUUCUAAACAUCACGAAGUUAGAUCAUUAUAAAUAUUCGAAAAUUCAUUUUGAACAACAUACUGAAAAACAUAAUAUUGACACCAUGGAAAACUUAACUGAACUAAUUAAAAAUUUAAAUCGUGAUUGUGAAAAGGAUGUAAAUACCAGCACCCACAUUAAAAAUGAUAAUGACUACGAUGAAAAAGAAAUUAAAGCUUAUUUUGAAAAGCAAAAAAUAGAUAUAGACGAAGAUGAUUUUUUUGAAUAUUUUUUGAGCCAUGCAUUACGUGUAGAUAAAGAGGAAUUGGAUAAGUGUAGAGCUUAUCAGGAUGAAUUUGAACAUAAAGUACCCAAGACCGUUAUUCACAAUAACAAGACAAAGUAUAAUCUACUCACAAAGGCAUCUGAAAACCAGAGUACAUAUCCAGAAUAUGAUGCUGAUGCUGGUGAUGAUGAUGAUGGUGAUGGUGAUGAUGAUGAUGAUGAUGAUGAUGAUUAUGAUGAUUAUGAGGAUGAUGAUUAUGAUGAUUAUGAUACUAUGCAAGAGGAAAAAGAAUUCAAGGAUUUUCUAUACUCUCUAAAAAAGGAUGGUCCAUCUUCUGGUCCUUUAGAGACAUUAUUAAAUAAUUUAAAAGAUUCAUUAAACGAUUUAUAA